AUGAAGUCCUUCGUAGCCGGAGCCCUCGCUCUUGCGGGUGCCGCGUCCGCCCAGCAGAGCGCCUGGGGCCAGUGUGGUGGCCAGGGAUGGACCGGCCAGACGACCUGUGCUGCGGGUUCGACUUGCGUGGUGCAGAACCCCUGGUACUCGCAGUGCCUGCCGGGCACCGCCGCUCCUCCUCCGGCCAACCCGACGACGACCUCGACGCGGGCCACGACGACUCUCGUCACAUCGACGACGCGUGCCGCGCCCCCCCCGGCCACGACGACGGCGGCCGCGCCCCCCACCACCGGUGGCGCCUACGUCAAGACCAACGGCCUGCUCUUCAACAUUGACGGCGUGUCCAAGUACUUCCCCGGCACCAACUGCUACUGGUGCUCGGUCGGCGGGCUCUCCAACGCCGACACGGACCUCGUGUUCAACAACCUCAAGGCGAACGGCCUCAAGAUCCUCCGCGUCUGGGGCUUCAACGACGUCAACUCGAUCCCGGGCUCCAACACGGUCUGGUUCCAGAACCACGCGGCCUCGGGCUCGACGAUCAACACGGGCGCCAACGGCCUGCAGCGCCUCGACUACGUCGUCCAGGCGGCCGAGCGCACGGGCGUCAAGCUCAUCAUCAACUUUGUCAACAACUGGGACGACUACGGCGGCAUCAAGGCCUACACCAACGCCUACGGCGGCACCCACCAGACCUGGUACACCAACACGGCCGCCCAGGCCCAGUACCGCCGCUUCGUCCAGGCCGUCGUCAGCCGCUACACGACGAGCAAGGCCAUCUUCGCCUGGGAGCUCGCCAACGAGCCCCGCUGCAACGGCUGCAACACGGACGUCAUCUUCAACUGGGCCAAGAGCGCCUCCGAGUACGUCAAGAGCCUCGACCCCAACCAUCUCGUGACGCUCGGCGACGAGGGCCUCGGCAUCGCCGGCGACUCGAGCUACCCCUACCAGUUUGGCGAGGGCACCGACUUUGCCAAGAACCUCGCCAUCAACACGCUCGACUUUGGCACCUUCCACCUCUACCCCGGAUCCUGGGGCGUCUCGUACGACUGGGGCAACAAGUGGAUCAAGGACCACGCCGCCGCCUGUGUCGCGGCCGGCAAGCCCUGCUUCUUCGAAGAAUACGGCGCGCCCAACAACCAUUGCGCCAUCGAGCGUCCCUGGCAGCUGACCUCCGUGGCGACGCCCGGCAUGGCCGCCGAUGCCUUCUGGCAGCUUGGUGACACGCUGAGCUACGGCAAGUCGCACGAUGACGGCAACACCAUCUACACCAACACGGACGACUGGACGUGCCUUGUCACGAACCACGUCGCCGCGCUUGGUUAA